UCUCAACGUCCUUGACGCCGGGGCUGGUUUGUCUUGUGCUUGAAAAGCUUUCAGACAUGAUGGCAGCAAGAUUUCUCCGCCGGGCUGUCCCUGUGCUCAGACAGACUCGCUCCUAUGCUGACGUCUCCGGUGGCCCCCAGAUGUCCUUCACUUUUGCCUCUCCAACCCAGGUGUUCUUUAAAGAAGCCAGUGUGAAACAGGUUGAUGUGCCGACACUUACUGGUGCAUUUGGUAUCCUGCCUGCCCACGUGCCCACCCUGCAGGUSCUCCGGCCCGGUGUCGUCACAGUCUUUAGUGACGACGGCACCUCUUCCAAAUACUUUGUGAGCAGUGGGUCAGUAACAGUCAACGCUGAUUCUUCAGUACAGCUGCUAGCAGAGGAGGCCGUACCCCUCGACCAGCUGGACGUUGCAGCAGCCAGGGCCAACCUGGAGAAAGCCCAGUCUGACCUGCUCAGCACAAAUGACGAGGCGGCGAAGGCAGAAGUUAAGAUCAGCAUCGAGGCCAACGAGGCCAUCGUCAAAGCUCUGGAGUAGACCCGUGGUGCGACCUCACGGCUGCUUGCCUUCUGCCUGAAUACUGAAAGUGAACAUGGUUCUGUCCCUCUGGGAUUCCAGCUCAGACCCGUCAAGUGUCCAGGGGUUUCCAUUCUUUCUUUGUACAGUGGAUAAAACCAACAAUAAAUUUAUUUGGAAUUACU